UGACUUUCAGUUUAGUGGACAUGUAUGUGAAAUUUUUUGCGUUCUUGGUGUUAAUUUUUGGCUACUGCAAGGCCAAGGGAAUGCAGUCUAAUUUGCUGACCAUCGAUGUGAAUGACAUCAUGAGUGAACGGCUGAUGCCGGCCAGUUUCAUUAUGUUGGACAGCGCUUUGGAUCCUUCGAUACUUUCAGAAGCUGAAGGUCGCUUCGAGCCCGAAGAAAGUCCCGAUGAGCUCGUGGCAGGACUACAAAACUUGACAAUUCGGGAUGGAUCAUUUGGAACGGCAUUCUCAACUAUGGGAUUUCACAGGAAAAUGAUCAACAGCUAUCUGUGCAACGGCUUCGUCGCCCAGCAGAUAAUAUCUGAGCUUCUGCCAAGCACGCUGGGAUUCUCGAAACGCCUUGGAUCAACUCUUAUGGUAUCCUCACCGGACCUGAACAACACUACAACCAUCAGCAGUAAGCUUCCCUCACCCAAGACCGCCAUGCUGUACGAUCCCGGAUCCUCCGGCUAUGUCGAUUGGUUGUCCAAAUCUACUACCUUGGAUGACAUCUACCGAAACUAUCUCUCACCGAGCAUGUCUAACCUGACAAAUGACCUGGGGAAUCAUCGAGCCGAUACAGCUGUGAACCCCAACCUCCAACAACCAUCGGUAGCUGGCGAUUACUUCGACGAAGGUGUCAUCACGGGCUUUGCAGUUCAACAUCCGGACCCUAGCCAACACCCAUCUCCGGUCUACAGUCAGCCCUACAAUCCGUCCUACAAUCCGUCGUCCUAUAAUCCGUCCUACAAAGCUCAGCCUUAUAAGCCCAAUCCGUAUCAACUGCAACCGAGACCGGCUCCUGGUCAGCUGCCCAACAAAAACCCUCACGAACUUCUGCAGGGAGAGUCCCGGGGAGAUUACUACCACAUCCAUCGUCUCGAGUACGAACACGAGAAGGAACAUCACCACGAAGGCAAGAGUCUAGCCCUGAAGGACCUGUUCGACAUCGCCCUGACCACGUUGGCAUUCCUGUCGUUCGGAAUGUUUAUCCUGCAGGUGAUAAUGUGCCUCACGAUGACGAAUGCGGACACCAAUCUGAUGGUUCCGGUCGCAACGACGGAGCUAACCGGCGAAGGUGUCGAAGAGGUGCGUAUCGGAGGACGCCGACGUCGAAGGCGAUCGCUGCUGGAACUGAACCAGCUCCAGCGGCUGAGCGAAAUCAACGAAAUAGCUCGCAAGGUGUUGGACUCGAUGGAUGCGGCCAUUCACGCGAAGGAAGAUUCGGGUCGCUGCUCUCAGUUUGUCAUCUGCGAGGGUAAUCAACUUUCAACCGGACUGAAAUACAUCCGACGCUACUGGAUGGCCGUGUGGAAUUUGGGAAUAAGUUGGCUCACUGGCAACCUUGUAGAUGAGGAAUCUCGAUCCGGUGUGAUUUUAGACUGUCUGAAGUCGAUGAUCGUGGGCCUGGGUGGAGGAGAUUGUCGAAAGAGCUUCCACUGCGUUGUGGGUCAUAAGCCAGGAGUGAAAAUCAAACAAUAGUUGAUUCAACUGAAUUGAAGUUAGUGUAGUUUUUGGUGCUCUUUCGAACGUUUUAAUACAAAUAAUAUUAUACCUGUAUCAGAUCAUACGUGUAAGAAAAUACUUACAAAUAAAGAAAGAAAUUUAUCCAAACUUAA